AUGCCCGUUGAUGUUGAAAGUAUUCUUUUAAGAAAUGUUUCUAUAUUUGAUAGACAAUUACAAGGAAGAUCAUGGAUAAAAAAUAUGGAACGCGAUAAUGAUAUAUUAAUAACAACGCUUAAUUCGAAAAUAUUUCGACAACAGCUUGAAGAUUCGAUUUCACUCGGACGUCCAUUAUUGAUUGAAGAUGUCGAUGAAGAAUUAGAUCCAAUGCUAGAUAAUAUUUUAGAAAAAAAUUAUUUUAAAAUUGGUCUCACUUAUCGAGUAAAAGUUGGUGAUCGCGAAGUGGAUGUUAAUCAUACAUUUCGUUUAUAUAUCACAACAAAAUUAGCGAAUCCAAAUUAUUCGCCAGAAGUAUGUGCACGACUCUCAGUUAUUGAUUUCACUGUAACACAACGUGGAUUGGAAGAUCAAUUACUUAGUCUUGUGAUUGCGAAUGAGCGUGUGGAACUUGAACGUGAACGAGUGACAUUAGCACGUGAAACAACAAAAAAUAAACGAAUGCUAAAAGAACUUGAAGAGAAUUUAUUAAUUAAAUUAACAAGUAUUGAAGGCUCGGUACUUGAUGACCCAUCGCUUGUUGAAGUUCUGAAUGCAAAUAAAAGAAUAGCUACAGAAGUUAAAGAAAAAGUUUCGAUUGCUGAAGAUACGAAAUUAAAAAUUAGUGCAGCCCGAGAAGAAUAUCGACCUGUUGCUGUUCGAGGAUCGAUCAUUUAUUUUCUUAUGUCAGAAAUCGCACUUGUUAAUCAUAUGUAUCAAAUAUCAUUACAACAAUUUCUUGGCCUCUUUCAUGAUUCUAUGAUAAAAUCGAAUAAAAUUGCUGCAACACAAAAACGUAUUCAAAAUAUAAAUGAUUAUCUAACAUAUCGAACAUGGUUUUAUACAACACGUGGUUUAUACGAAGACGAUCGACUUAUGUUUACCUUACUCAUGGCAUUAAGAAUUGAUUUACGUCGAGGAAAAAUACGUUACGAUGAAUUUCAAGUAUUAGUUAAAGGUGGAGCUUCAUUAGAUUUAAAUAUGUGCCCACCAAAGCCAUUCCGUUGGCUGAAUGAUUCGUCUUGGCUUAAUCUACUUGAAUUAAGUCGACUAAAAGAAUUUCAUGACGUUAUUGACCGAGUAUGGCAAUUACAAAAGAAUGAACGCAUAUUUAAAGAUUGGUUCGAUAAACAACUACCAUCAUCUGAUUUAUCAUCGUUACCCGAAACAUAUGAAAAUUUAAAUGUAUUUCAUCGCUUCUUAUUUAUUCGAUGUAUAUCACCAGAUCGAACAAUAUCGGAAGCGCGACACUACAUUCAAGACAGUCUUGGAAUAAAAUAUUUAGAAAUUCCUGUUCUUAGUUUGGAGUUACUCUGGGAUGAAAGUAAUUCUAAAACAUCUUUACUUGGUUUGCUUUCAUCGGGCGCUGAUCCAACGUCGAAUAUACAGACAUUAGCAAAAAAGAAAAAUAUCGAUUUAUUUAUUGUAUCCAUGGGACAGGGACAAGAAAUUCUUGCAAGACGUUAUCUACAGCAAACGGUUCAAUCGGGCGGAUGGCUUCUAUUACAAAAUGCACAUUUAGGUUUAGAUUAUCUUGAAGAAUUUCAUCAAAAUCUUAUUUCAAUGGAUACAUUCGAUCCAUCAUUUCGUGUCUGGUUAACCACUGAAACUCAUUCGGAAUUUGCAAUUCAAAUUCUUCAGUCAUCAAUUAAAUUUACUAAUGAACCACCGCAAGGUGUACGGGCUGGUCUUAAACGUACUUAUGGAUUAAUUACUCAAGAUAAACUUGAAUAUAUUGAAACAAUCUAUUGGCGUCCAUUAUUAUAUGCGACUUCGUUUCUUCAUAGUAUUUUACAAGAACGACGAAAAUUUGGACCAUUAGGAUGGAAUAUUCCGUAUGAAUUCAAUCAAACUGAUUGGGAAGCAUCUGUACAAUAUAUUCAAAAUCAUUUAGAUGAUAUGAAUCCGAAAUUAAAUAUAUCAUGGAAAGCUGUUCAAUAUAUGAUAUCAGAAAUUCAAUAUGGUGGUCGGAUAACUGAUGAUCGUGAUCGUCGUCUAAUGAUUACUUAUGCUCAAAAAUGGUUUAAUGAUUUCUUAUUUUCCUCAGAUUUUAAAUUCUAUGAUGGAUAUUCAAUUCCGAAAGUAAAACGUAUUGAAGAAUAUAUUGAUUUCAUCGAUAGAUUUCCAUUCAUUGAUUCACCACAUAUAUUUGGUCUUGAUUCAAAUGCUGAUAUAACCUAUUCAACAAAUCGAGCGAAAUCGAUGCUUGAGAAAAUUCUUCAUAUACAACCAAAAGAGGCAAAUUCAAAUAUAUCCGGUGCCGAAACAAGAGAUAAAACGGUUCAUAAUCUUGCGAAUGAUAUGCUAAUUAAAUUACCAAAGAAUUUCAUACAAUAUGAAGUACGUGAGAAAUUACGCAGCAUGGGUAUAUUAAACCCAAUGAUUAUAUUUCUGCGACAAGAAAUUCAUCGAAUCGAUCGUGUUAUACGUACUGUAAGAAAUUCUUUAAAUAAUUUACAAUUAGCUAUUGAUGGUAUUAUUAUAUUAAAUGAUACGCUACGUGAAAUACUUGAUUCCAUCUACGAUGGUCGUGUUCCUAUCGAUUGGACAAAAUAUUCCUGGGAAAGUAGUACACUUGGCUUCUGGUUUUCUGAAUUACUUGAUCGAUAUACGCAGUAUAAUAAUUGGUUAAAUUAUGGUCGACCGAAAUGCUUUUGGAUGACAGGAUUCUUUAAUCCAAACGGUUUUCUUACUGCUAUGCGACAAGAAGUAACACGAAUGCAUCAAGGAUGGUCACUCGAUACUGUAACAAUCGAUAACAUUGUACUUCGCUCAUAUAAAGAUGAUAUCCGAGAAGCACCAACUGAAGGUGUCUAUGUGUAUGGUCUUUAUUUGGAAGGUGCUGGUUGGGAUCGAAAAAAUACUCGUUUACAUGAAUCACAAAAUAAAGUCGUUUAUGUUCAAAUGCCUGUGAUUCAUAUAUUUGCAAUCAAUCCAUCUGUAGCUAAUCAAAAGGCAGGAUUGAUGAUUACAACUAAAAAGGCUCGAUUUAAUCAAAUAUCAUUUCGAACCAAACGACAUGAUCAAAGUUCCAUUGCACCACACAUUUAUAUGUGCCCAGUCUAUAAAAAACCAAUACGUACUGAUCUACAUUUUGUAGCUAUGCUUAAACUAGCAUCGAAUAAUAUUUCUGAACACUGGAUUUUACGCGGUGUUGCUUUACUGUGUGAUAUCAAAUAA